AUGUUAUACAAAUUAAUUUAAAAUAGAUUCUUUAAAACGUAAGAUAUAAAAUUUAAGUACUAUCAAGGAUUUAUGGCAUAUUUAUUUAUUAAAACACUAAAAUACCUACAAAAAUAGAAAAAAUAUUAUGGAGUAUAUAUACAUUAUUUACACUAAAAUAAAUUAUAUUAUAUCAAAGCAUCUUUUUUUAAUUGCCUGUAGCACCAAAUCUAGAUUUUGAUUAGCUCAUAUCAACAAAAUCAGGUCCAGCAUUUUUUGAAAAGUCAUUUUCUUGUUAUAUAUUAUUUCCUAGCUGAGGGAGCUUUACGAGCAUAAUGGCUGUUUAAUACAUCUAAACCUAUACGCCAAAGGAAGCAUAAAAUUGCAGUUAAGAUCAAAACUACUAAAUAAAUAAUCCUCCAAACCUAAUGUGUAUCACAACAUAUUCUUGGGUCUUAACUUUUGUCAGUCACUGUCGUUUCUUUAGGAUACGCAUAUAAAAUAAUAAAAGUAAUAACAGGUAGCAAAGCCCCCAAGAAUGAUAUGAGUCUAUUGAUAACAAUUAAAAAUUUAAAAACUACUUAGCAUAGUUGA